AAAAAUUAUCUUUCAGAUGGUACAACUGUCAUAUCUCUAUCAUCAAUCAAUCCUGAGAAAACGUGACUGGUAUCAUGGUCUUAACUAAGGAAAAAAUAUUUUAUUCUUUUAAAAAACGGUCCAAUUGGCAUAUCAUCACUUACGACAAAAAUACCGGCUAUAUUAAUCAAGCAAUUUUGAUACAAAGGUCUUAUGUUCACAUACGUCUAUUGUAUCAACGGAUCACGUAUCUUGUAUCACGUCGAUACAAGUCACUUAAGACUUUAUUGCCAGCUACCAUAACCUAAAAUAAUACGAUUUUCGAAGCAUCAUGUUGUGUUUUGCAUGCCUCAAGACGUUUGUUUUCAAUUAGGCUAUGCUACUUUGGAUUGAAUGCUACUUUCAGUGAAUUUCUGAGUUUUAUCUCUAGAGAUGAGUGAGAGGGCGAAAAGAAUUUAUGAACUGGUUGUUCCACCAAAGACAACAAUUGAGCCUCAAGGAUUAAAUCCAACAUUGGACUCUGAUGUCAAUUCUUCACCGGCUCCUGAAUUGUCCCCAGAUUUGCUGGAUGUAGCUAAGGAUCUAGGCCUUAUAAGCUCGCCAGAAUAUGAAGAAGGUGGGUGAAUUUUCUAAAUAAUUAUAAAUAUGUUUAUUUUAGGAAAGCCUCAUGCCCAACUUUGGAAUGUUCAUGGACAAGCUUCAAUGGACAAAUUUUGAAGUGGUUUGCGCCAAAAUAUAGAUGAAGAAUUGAAGUUUGGCAGGCUCUAUUCGUUUUUCAAAAAUAAUCAUUUUAAUUGGGAGAUAUUUGAUAAAAACAUGAAAUGGCUUUCUGUGGCACUAUCUGUUGGCAUAAAAUGCAAAAUUAUUAAAUCCAUUGAGUGUUAGUUUUUUCAAUCACACAUAAAUAGAGCUUAGAAGAUAUAGAAUGAAAUGACUUCUUUAUUUUUCUGAUGUUACGAAGUUUGGACAGUAAUGUCCAAUCUACCACUCAACCACUACUUAGAUCAUACAAUUGCCAUCUGUAAAAGAUAGAAUUUCAUUGGCAUUUCAGCUGCAGAUAGAUAAAAUAGGAACUAUCUGUUGAAACAGCUAACUAUCAGCAACUAUCUGUUGAAAGAUUUCUUCUAUUUUUAUUUAGGAGAGCCACUGCAUCUUCAAACAUUGAUAAUAAUGUGUACAUAA